GAAGAGGGGAACAUGGUGUUUAUGAGCAGCUCUCAAGGCAGACCUCAGAAAGAAACAGAGAGAACUUGGGGAUCCUGGUCAGGUGGGGUACCAGCAGAGCUCAGAGCUCCAGGCAGGCAACUCCCCUCCCGGGGAAAGGAUAAAGACUCUCCAGUCUGGGACAGUAGCGAAGGAGCCAGCGGCCUGUUGCUCAGAAGGAUUGUUCCAGUGGCCGAGCCAUGCCUAGGUACACGGUGCACGUGCGUGGGGAAUGGCUGGCGGUACCCUGCAAGGACGGGAAGCUCUCUGUAGGCUGGCUGGGCCGCGAGGCUGUGAGGCGCUACAUGAAGAACAAACCGGACAAUGGUGGCUUCGCCUCGGUGGAUGAAGUGCGCUUCCUCGUGCGCCGGUGCAAGGGCCUGGGCCUGCUGGACAACGAGGACCUGCUGGAGGUGGCCUUGGAGGAUAAUGAGUUCGUAGAAGUGGUCAUUGAAGGCGAUGUAAUGUCUCCCGACUUCAUUCCCUCGCAGCCGGAAGGAGUUUUCCUAUACAGCAAAUACCGGGAGCCUGAGAGGUACAUUGCCUUGGAUGGGGACAGUCUGAGCACAGAGGAUCUGGUCAACUUGGGGAAGGGACGCUACAAGAUAAAGCUCACUUCAACCGCCGAGAAGAAGGUGCAAAAGUCCAGGGAGGUCAUUGACAGCAUCAUAAAAGAAAAGACAGUUGUGUACGGCAUCACCACAGGUUUUGGGAAGUUUGCCAGAACUGUAAUCCCCGUCCAUAAGCUACAGGAGCUUCAGGUCAACUUAGUUCGUUCCCAUUCUUCAGGUGUUGGGAAACCACUCAGCCCUGAAAGAUGUCGGAUGCUCUUGGCUUUGAGGAUUAACGUGUUAGCCAAAGGAUACAGCGGGAUUUCCUUGGAGACCUUGCAGCAAGUCAUUGAAGUGUUUAAUGCCUCCUGCCUGUCCUACGUUCCAGAGAAAGGAACUGUGGGUGCCAGUGGAGAUCUUGCGCCUCUCUCUCAUCUUGCUCUGGGACUCAUUGGAGAAGGAAAGAUGUGGUCCCCAAAGAGCGGCUGGGCUGAUGCUAAAUACGUCCUAGAAGCCCACGGGUUAAAACCAGUUGUUCUGAAACCAAAAGAGGGCCUGGCACUCAUUAACGGGACCCAGAUGAUCACGUCCCUGGGCUGUGAGGCUGUGGAGCGAGCCAGCGCCAUUGCCCGGCAGGCUGACAUUGUGGCUGCCUUGACCCUUGAGGUGCUGAAGGGCACCACCAAAGCCUUCGAUACUGACAUUCAUGCUGUCCGCCCUCACCGUGGGCAAAUUGAAGUUGCUUUCCGGUUCCGGUCCCUCUUGGACUCGGAUCACCACCCAUCAGAAAUCGCAGAAAGCCACAGGUUCUGCGAUCGUGUCCAAGAUGCAUACACCUUACGCUGCUGUCCACAGGUCCACGGCGUGGUGAAUGAUACCAUAGCAUUUGUGAAGGACAUCAUUACUACAGAACUGAACAGUGCUACAGACAAUCCUAUGGUCUUCGCCAGUCGAGGAGAGACAAUUUCGGGAGGAAACUUCCAUGGUGAAUACCCAGCCAAAGCCCUGGACUAUUUGGCCAUUGGCGUCCAUGAACUCGCGGCAAUCAGUGAGAGACGAAUCGAAAGGCUGUGUAACCCUUCGCUCAGCGAGCUGCCUGCCUUCCUGGUGGCUGAAGGAGGCCUGAACUCUGGCUUCAUGAUAGCCCACUGCACCGCAGCAGCCCUGGUUUCCGAGAACAAGGCUUUGUGUCACCCUUCGUCUGUGGAUUCCCUCUCUACCAGCGCUGCCACGGAGGACCACGUCUCCAUGGGAGGAUGGGCAGCCAGGAAGGCCCUCAGAGUCAUCGAGCAUGUAGAACAAGUGCUGGCCAUCGAGCUCCUAGCUGCCUGCCAGGGCAUAGAGUUUCUCCGCCCCCUGAAAACAACCACUCCGCUGGAGAAGGUUUAUGACCUGGUGCGCUCUGUAGUCAGGCCCUGGAUAAAGGAUCGCUUCAUGGCCCCGGACAUCGAAGCAGCCCACAGGCUACUUCUGGAGCAAAAGGUUUGGGAAGUUGCUGCACCGUACAUCGAGAAAUACAGAAUGGAACACAUCCCGGAGUCCAGGCCACUUUCUCCCACUGCGUUUUCACUAGAAUCCCUGCGAAAGAACUCAGUCACCAUCCCCGAGUCCGACGAUCUUUAAUGGGCUCCCUCGUGGCGGGCCACAUCAGAUGUGUCUGAGUUCAGCACAGCAGUGGUGUGCUGCUGAAGGGGAGGCCCCGGAACUGCCUGUGAUGUGUAGAACUCACCUCUUUUCAAACGCGCUCUGGUUAGGCCCGUGGCAGAAUGCAGUCUCUGGCUCCAGGAUCUUGUUACCAUGGUUCAAGGAGUGCAGGCUGUCUUCAGGUGGUGGAGUUUCCUUGCUUGGCCGUUCUUUCUUAAGAAUGGCCAUAAUUCCUUAAGUCUAUUUUUACUCUUAGUGGUAGGGAAAUCAUUAUUUCAGAUCAUUCUUCUUAAAAACAUUAGAUUUUUGUGAACUUCUAAAAGCUUGUCUAUAGAAACUCUCAACUAAGUGAAUUUCUUUGGCCGAUUGGCCCAUACUGUAACCUGACAAAUAUGCCUCAAUUCAGAGUUUGUUCUUAACCCUUUUCUCCUUCUACUAAUUGAAUAAUAGAAAAAAGUCUGAAGUAAGGGGAGCUAGCUCAGGGGGUGCAUAAUUGAGUUCCAUAACUGAGUUCAUAGUGAGGAUCCAAAUUGAGUUCAGAUCGUCAGCUUCAGUGUAAAAUAAUAAAUAAAUAAAUAAAUAAAUAAAUAAAUAAAUAAAUAAAUAAUGAAAAGCCUGGUGCGGUAGUGGGACAGAGACAGGCAGCUCCUGGGAGCUCACUGCUCAGCCAUUCUUGCAGAAAUAGUGAAUUCCAGGUUCAGUGAGAGACCCUGCCUCAAAGCAAUGGUGCAGGAAGUAUUAGACAAAGAUCAUAUUAACAGUUACCUUCUGGGCUCCGUGUGUGCCCACAGGAGCAAGUGCACAUGUAAACACACACACACACACGAGGAGGGGAACAGGUUUGAAGCCAUUAACUACAGAGGUUAACAAUCCUUUUUGGGGGGCGUUGCUUUUGGUUGUUAUCUGUGUCCUGUGCUUCAACCACCCCUCAAAGAAUGAAAAGGAAUUAGGGGGUUGAACAUAAAGAUUGUUCUGGCCUAGCCAUGCCUUUUAUAUUUCUCCAGGCACUACACAUAUCUCCUAAUCACUUGGCCAUGUGCUCAAGUUGAAGUUCAAAGUUAGUCCUGUUGCCUCCCAUGGCUUAGAACUCCAUUCACCUGUCGGUAAUAACUUUACUAAGCAUCCGCCUGUUGCACUGAUGAGGCAUUUGGGGGUGGGGAUGGGAGCCAACCCACUACUGGCAAUAGGUAAUCAUUAAAAUGAGCUUUGUUGACACAGA